UGUUGUGUUUAUUGAUCUUUCUGAGGUCGUUCUUCGUAAAGUUGACGUAAUUGAGUAAGCACAGUGAGAAUGGAGUCUCAUCCACAUGGAUCUGGACCUGCCUUCCAGUUCACAAGCGUUUUAAAUAAAACAUCAAGACCUGUCAAGAGCUUUCACCUUCAGGACAUCUCCAACUCACUUCCACACAGGACCCCGGUGGCAAUACGACCCCCGAGCCCAAACCCAGGUCCUGCUCGGUGUCCCGUGGGCCGUCGCUGGCCGUCCUGCGAGCCGGAGCCGAAGCCCAUCAUGAGGAGACGUGCCAAAUCCCUCUCGUCCUCCACAGGCGAGCACUCGUGCAGGAACAUGCAGGUCCGCUUCGUGGACUCCCUGGGGCUCGAGCUGGAAGAUGUGAAGUUCUUCACGGCCAGCGAGGAUCCGCGAGUGCCGGUCCACGUCAUCACAAGACUUCUGGCCAGUUCUGAGCUCGCAUCCAGGAAAAAGCUGGAGCUGGAGCUUCCUUACUUCCAACCGGCCUUCCCUGAUAAUAUAAGUGCCGAGUCUGGAUUCCUCGAGCGCUUGAUCCAGCAGAGUGUUUCCCUGGAGCAGAUGUUUUACUCCGAGCUGGGCAUUAUAGGAACUGUGCAGGUGUUGAAUCUGGCGUAUGAGAAAGAGGUGACGGUGAUCUACUCGUUCACAGACUGGAAGAGCCGUGCGGAGAGUAAAGCGAGCUGGAUCUCCACUGUCCACAGAGACGGGUCUGAUCCGGAGUCUGAUGUGUUUCGUUUUCAUCUGCCUGUCCCUCCGUUCAUCAUGACUCCCGGAGCCGUGCUGCAGUUUGCCAUCCGCUUCCGGGUCACAGGAUCCGAGUACUGGGACAAUAAUGCUGGAUGUGAUUAUAAACUGACCUGCCAGACGUAUAAAAUAACGGUGCCUCGAGAGUGUGAAGAUAGUUUGGUGCAUUUCGUUUGACUCUCACCUCGUUGCAGAGAUUUAAACGUACACAUCAUCUGAAGGAUCUCUUAUAGAGCCACGCUUUUGCACAAGCAUGUGAAGUUGGAAGUUAUCAUUAAAGGAUUAGUUCACUUCAGAAUUUAAAUGUCCUGAUAAUUUACU